CCCGAGCUCACGGUCAUGGCGAUGGUGGAGGCGGAAAGCAAUGGCUUCGAGUUCCUGUUGGAUCCGGUCGACAGGUUUCCGCUGAUGGAUCUAUCCGGCGGCAACUGCGUGCCCUCCAACGAAGCCAUUGAAGCUCUGAUCUGCGCCCCGUCCGAUUCCAGUAUGGGCGACGCUGGGGACAGAGCGCUGACAAUGGAGGCGGAUUUGAACAGUACUUGCGAUGAUGUGCCCCUGUCAGCGCCACCUUCAGAGCCGUCAACAGGGAAAGACGAUCCUCAAGGCACCUGGCUGGACAGAGAGGUAUACUUGAGAAGCUAUUUCUGAAAUUUGGUUCAUCAAUGGCACAUAAAUUAGACCGCUGCCUCAGAAUUGAUUUACAUUGUCAGAUCUACCUGAGAAGCUAUUUCUGAAACUUGGUUCAUCCAUGGCACAUAAAUUAGACUGCUGCCUCAGAAAAUUAUCAACACUUCUCGAAUGUUGUUCGGGAGUUUCCUUCCGUACAGCUAACAAAGAGCCUGAACUAUGCAGCCCGUUCAUGGCACAUGCUUUGUCAUUUGAUUUGUACUAAAAAAAAUAUAAAUAUAUGUGAAAAUACAUGGGAGAAGCGCCAUCCAUGUUGCAAGGAAAAAAGGUGAUUUCCCGUGCACCGUUGAUAGUUGAUGCUUUUGUUGGUUCAGGCGGAGCUAUUUUCUGUACAAUUGCUAUAGGCAUUGGAAAAUGGGUUAUGCAUGGCUCAAUUUUAUUGUGCUUAGAUGAAAAUUUGAGUGGAUCACCUAAACCAUACCAAAAAGAUGAAGGCAGCCUGAUUCAUCAAGUUUAUUC